AUGGACGCGUUCGUGUCGCGCAAGAGGAAGUGGGAUGAGGGGCCGCCCAGGUCCGUGGCGAGUACAGGCAAGCGGCCUUCAGAGGCUAGAGACCCAGAAGAAGAGUCUACCGAUUUCAAGUUGGCCUUGUUGGCAUCUCUACAUCCUACAGUUGAUGAGGGGACUCUACUUGAAGCAUUGCUUGCUGCUGAAGGGGCCGUUGAACAAGCCUCGGAGUGUCUAUCGCGACCUCAAGUUACUUCCCCACGCAAGCGACCCGCAUCAUCGACAGUGGGCUAUCAAUCGUCACUGAGCUCGUAUCGCAUUGCUCCCGCCAACAGCACGUUGACCAAGAAGCCACUUGUGAGAAAGGGCAAGACACUAUUUCUCUAUAGCCCAGAAGACAUCGAAGUACAUACGCCUUGUUCAAUCAUACAUAACUUUCUUCCGGUAGAGCAAGCGGAUGCACUGCUGUCACAAUUACUGGACGCCUCGUCGACCUACGACAGGUACGAGUUCAAGCUGUUCGACAGAGUUGUUGUAAGCCCGCACACAUACUCCUUCUACGUCAACAGCUUAGAAGAGGCGGAAAGACAAAAGACGGAAUACAUCUACAACGGUGGCCAGAUCAAGGAUGUCCGACAAAGCCUCCCAGAAAUGCUCAACGCAUGCCCCCAAGUCGAAGACGCCGUCAACCGCGAAAUCCGCCGCAGAAUCCGCGACUUCUACCCCAACGGCAAGAAACUCAGAUACCAAUCCCCUCACCCCUGGAAAGCAAACACCGCCUUUGUAAACUGCUACGACGGACCACAAGAAAGCGUCGGAUACCACGCCGACCAACUCACCUACCUCGGUCCACGAGCCGUCAUCGGCAGUCUAAGCCUCGGCGUAGCGCGCGAAUUCCGGGUCCGCAAGACCGUCGCCGAAGACGACGAGCACCGAAAAGACGACGGUUCACGCGCGGACGCACAAGGCCAAAUCAGCAUUCAUCUUCCACACAACUCGCUCCUGGUCAUGCAUGCUGAGAUGCAAGAAGAAUGGAAACACUCGAUUGCGCCGGCCCAAGCUAUCGAUCCUCACCCACUUGCGAAGAACAAGCGUCUCAAUAUUACGUAUCGGUUCUAUAAGGAUAGCCUCCAUCCGAGUGUGGCGUUCCGACUGUGUUGA